CUUUAUUUUCAUCUUCCCAUUGAAAAAGAAAAGGAGCUCUCGGUAAAAGAUGUCGUGGAUCAGAGAGGGCGAGCUGACCAUCAUAGAGAGAUUUUGUGCCAACAUCAUUAAGGCAGGUCCAAUGCCCAAGCAUGUUGCCUUCAUCAUGGAUGGCAAUCGCCGUUAUGCCCAAAAGUGUCAUGUGGAGAGACAGCAGGGGCAUUCGCAAGGCUUUGAUAAGCUGGCACAGACGCUACGGUGGUGCUUAAAUCUGGGCAUUCGGGAGGUGACUGUUUAUGCCUUUAGUAUUGAGAACUUUAAACGCUCAAAGGAGGAGGUGGAUGGACUAAUGGAUCUGGCAAGACAGAAAUUUAGCCGCUUACUGGAAGAACAGGAGAGCUUGAAGAAGCAUGGUGUGUGUAUCCGUGUCCUUGGGGACCUGCCGCUUCUGCCCUUGGAUAUUCAGGAGCUGAUUGCCCAAGCUGUGCUGGCAACUAGGAACUACAACAAAUGCUUUCUAAAUGUCUGCUUUGCUUACACAUCGAGACAUGAAAUCAGCAAUGCUGUCAGGGAGAUGGCGUGGGGGGUGGAACAAGGACUGCUCGAACCCAGUGAUGUGUCUGAAUCGUUGCUUGAUAAGUGUCUGUACACCAACAACUCCCCUGACCCAGACCUCCUGAUUCGAACCUCUGGAGAGGUUCGGUUGAGUGAUUUCUUGCUCUGGCAGACAUCCCAUUCAUGCCUGGUGUUUCAGUCAGUCUUGUGGCCAGAAUAUUCCUUUUGGAACUUGUGUGAGGCUAUCCUUCGGUUCCAGAUGAACUACAGUGCUUUACAGAAGGCCAGAGACUCCUACAUGGAGGAAAGGAGGCGACAACAGAUGGAAAGGGAUCAGGCUUAUGUGACAAAGAAGCUGCAGCAGGAGGGGUUUGCGUCCCACGGAGACUCUCGGCGCCGACGGACACUGUUGCAGAAAUGCACCGCCAUGCGGGAAGAGAGAAUCCAGGGCUUUCUACAGGCACUAGAGCACAAGAGAGCGGACUUCUUUGAAAGAUUGUGUACGGUGUCUGCAUGACAUAGGUGCUGGGUUGUUCUUGGGAAGACCGAUUUUUAACCGCGUUAGAGGGAACAGCUGCUGCCCAGAGGAAUUCAGUCGGUGUGGUUCUGCAGUGGGGAUGCAGGGCUGCCAUAGGACUUUACGUCCCCGCUGGCCCUGUCGAAGGGCAGGGACAGAGUACUGUGAACCUUUCUAGUUCUGUGAAUGCUGCUGAGGAAGGUAAUGCCGUCCUUCUGUCUUGCCUCCCUGCCCCUGAUGAUGGAGAAUACACGCACCCUGCCACAUCUCUGCUGCUUG